AUGUUUAACAAUGUUCGUUAUGAAGAUGAAGAGCAAAAUUCUUCUUAUCGUUCCUAUGCCCACAAUGUUCCUAUUCAAUUCUUUGGUCCAAGUGGCACUCCCGCUCCUGACCCUUCUAAUAAAAGCAAACUUACGACUAGGUCUUGGAACAGUAAUGCUCCCAAAUGGAGAACCGCAGCAGGAGGCUUAAGUCUCGAAGCCUACUGUUAUAAUUCCUCUUGCCAAGCCUACAACAAAGGUUAUGUUUUGGUCAAAUGGGGCUAUCGCGAUUUCGAUUUCUUUCUUAAUGACAGGGAUGUAGGUUGUCCGAUGUGUGGUCGGUAUGUUCAAACCAAAAAUUUUGGUUUUUGUAGUACUUGGUAUAAGGUAGUCGGUUGCAAAAGAGAUAAACCUGAUGAACCUCUUCAACAUGUUGAUACCGAAUGGGAUUUUGUUUCCAACGAUCGCUAUUAUACUUUCUUGGAUAGUCCGGAAGAUUUAGUUUAUUGGGGACAACUCAAAAUUAAAGUUUCAAAGUCCAGACCAUAUUAA